GCUGCGAUUUCCUCUCUCUCUCUCUCUCUCUCUCAACAGUAAACAAAGCCUUCUUCAAGAACGAUUCUUCACACUCCACUAUCGUCAUCUCUCUCUCUCUCUCUCUCUCUUUGCUCGCUCUUGCUAGGGUUUCCAUGAGUUACAGGGAUUUUUCGGACCUUUUUCUGAGUGUAUUUUGGGUUUCCAAAGCUUCCUUUCUGGUCCCGGAAACAAAUACAUGCCCUGUGCGGGAUCUUAGGGCACAUAUUUUACUGGAUUUGGGGCUUGAGAAUUUCUACUUGGAAACAAGGCUAGCAGAGGAGUAUAGCUUAGAAUUACCAGUUGGGAUGUGUUGACCUUGGAAUUUAGGCGAGUGUUUGUGAAUCUAGAGGAUAAUGGAUCCACGAGCUCGUAGAUUAUUGGGUUCCAUGAAAGGAGUCCAAUGGGACAAUCAAUCUGUAUCGAAUCUGCGCAAUCCAAGCCUAGUUGUUGCGACCAGAUAUGGGAACAGCUUUCCCAACCACAACUUUGAGGGAAUCCAGUUCCCUCCAAAUGAUGUCUCAUUGAGUGAUACAGUUCCGAGUUCGACUGUGACAUCGGAGGAGGAUCCUCACGAGGACUGUGAUUUCUCUGAUGCUGUGUUGAGAUACAUAAAUCAGAUUCUUAUGGAAGAGGACAUGGAAGACAGGACUUGCAUGCUUCAAGGGUCGUUGGAUCUCCAAGCUGCAGAGAAGUCGUUCUACGAGGUGCUCGGCAAGAAGUAUCCGCCAUCUCCUGAAAGGGACCGUUUCUACGUUGACCAAAGUAGUGAGAGCCCGGAUGGUUAUUUGUCUAGGAACCAGACUGAUUCCAGCAAUAGAAGCCAUGAUGGUAGCAAUUACUUUGUUGAUGCAAGUUGCAUUAACAAUUUAUCUGGCUUUGCUACCUCUCGGAUACCUAGCCUUUCUGUCAAUAGUACUUCCGGCUUGUCAAGUAGCUCUUCAAAUACUCUGACCAGUAUUACUGAUGGGUUCUUGGACUCUCCUAUAAGCCCUCUUCAGGUAGCUGAUCUGUGUAAUGGAAGACAAUCUAUUUGGCAGUUCACGAAGGGGGUUGAAGAAGCUAGCAAGUUCCUGCCAAGAAGUGAAGAACUUCUAAUCAAUUUUGAUGGCAAUAGGUUCUUGUAUCAGGAGCCAAAAGGAGAAAGUAGCGAUGUGACAGUUAAGAUGGAGAAAAAGGAGGUGGGAGAGACCUUACCUACUGGGUUGAACGUGAGGAAGAAUCCUCACAGGGAUAAAGUGGACUCAGAAGAAGAAAGGAGAAGCAAGCUGGCAGCAAUUUUUCCAGAUUCCAUAGUGCGGUCGGAGAUGUUUGAUAAAAUCUUGCUUUGUAGCAAGGAAAAAGCUGCGUUCUUGGAAGCUUAUCGUCAAGCGUUGAAGGACGGAACAAACAAGAAAAUUCAGCAGAAUGGGCAAUCAAAGGGGCCGACUAGCAGAAGGGGUCGUAAGAAGCAAAACGGCAAGAAGGAAGUGGUGGACUUGAGAGCUUUCUUGAUUCAUUGUGCAGAAGCUGUUGCAGCAGAUGACUAUAGGAGUGCAAGUGAACUACUAAAACAGAUCAGGCGGCACUCUUCUCCUUUUGGAGAUGGGAAUCAAAGAUUGGCUCAUUGUUUUGCUGAUGGCCUUGAGGCACGCUUGGCUGGUACCGGGAGCCAGAUUUACAAAGCCCUCAUCAGUAAAAGAACAUCAGCUGCUGAUUACUUGAAAGCUUACCAGCUAUAUAUUGCAUCAUGCCCAUUUAGGAGGGUAUCAAAUUUUGUCUCGAACAAGACAACAAAGUUAAAGUCGGAGAAUGCAAUGAGGAUCCACAUUAUAGAUUUUGGUAUACUCUAUGGCUUCCAGUGGCCUACUUUCAUCCAACGUAUCUCAGAAAGAGAGGGUGGACCCCCAAAGGUACGGAUUACUGGGAUAGAAUUUCCCCAACCAGGCUUCCGGCCAGAUGCAGGAGUUCAGGAGACGGGGCGCCGGUUAGCAGAUUAUGCUCAGAGUUUUAAUGUCCCAUUUGAGUUCAAUGCCUUGGCAAAGAAAUGGGAUACCAUCAAACUUGAGGAUCUAAAGAUUGAAAAGGAUGAAUUCCUUGUUGUCAAUUUUUUGUACCGCUCUCAGACCCUACACGAUGAGACCGUGCUGGCAGGUAGUUCAAGAGAUACGGUUCUCAAUCUAAUAAGAAGAAUCAAUCCUGACCUCUUCAUACAUGGGAUUGUCAAUGGGGCCUAUAAUGCUCCUUUCUUUGUUACGCGGUUCCGGGAGGCUCUGUUCCACUUCUCAGCACUGUUUGAUAUGCUUGAAGCUAAUGUUCCUCGUGAACAUCAUGAGAGGAUGCUCAUUGAGAGGGAGAUCUUUGGGAAGGAAGCUCUGAAUGUUAUAGCCUGUGAAGGUUGGGAGAGAGUUGAAAGGCCAGAGACGUAUAAGCAGUGGCAAGUCCGGGUUCUGAGGGCAGGCUUCGUACAGCUCCCUUUCGAUCGGGAGAUCAUUGCAAGGGUAAUGGAUAAGGUGAGGCCAAGAUAUCACAAGGAUUUUGUGAUUGAUGAAGACAACCAAUGGCUGCUGCAAGGAUGGAAAGGCCGAAUCAUUUAUGGCCUUUCUUGUUGGAAACCUGUUUAGAAAGGGAUACUUACUGGUACCAAGUGUUGGGACUCUCACAUGUUCACGGGAAUAUUUGACUAGCCGAAAACCGAUGGAUUUGCUGGCCUACCAGGUGAAUGGAACUGAUUUUGAUUGUUAGCUCUGGCUGCUUGUUAAUCAUGCCAAGAAAAGGCCCAUCUUAUGAUAUGGCAGAUAAUUUAGACACAAUCAAAGUGAGUUGCCUUGUUCCUUAUCUUUCAUAUUGAGGGCUAUUGUUCAGUGGACGUUUUCACACUAGGAUGACUAGAAUUGUGACAUGUAUAGGGGUAACCAUUGAACACUAGAAGAUGUAAUUACUAGAGAGAUUUCUUGAUGCUGUUUCUUGUGCACGAGUCCACGGGUUCUUCAACGAAUCCUGCUCUGUGUUCACAAUUACAGGCCAGUCUACUCAUUCAGGAACUUUGGGAGGUUUGAUUGAAGCAAGAUGAAAGGGUGCUUUCUGUAGCCAUGCAACAGUGAUGUUGUUCUCACUUGUGCCUUGCACAUCAUUGAUGUGGAAUUAUGUUGUUUUCUGUAGUGUUUUCUCUAAAUCAUGAAUCUCAUUCACCGCAUUUUUAAUU